AUGUUGGAGCCCAGAUCUACUAUGUAUGACCCCACAGAAAAAAACCUCAUCCAACCAAAAUUCCGAUACAAGUGCAUGGUAUCAGAUCUGGAUAUAAGGAAGACCUUGGAUGCAAGAAGAUGGUGCCUAUUGGCGUUAUGUGGUGCCGCUUUCCAACCAAAGCUCUAUCCCGAGAAUCUGUUGCUCUUGGGAAACUGGCGUUGGUGGGCUCAGAAAGCCGCACAAACAAAACAACAAUACACCAAUCUCUUCUCUGGAUGUAUAUUGGAAGAACAUGUUGUUUGCGGAAGGGAAAUUUGA